CGCGCCGGCAGUUCGGCCACGUCCCUGGCCACGUCGCGCCCGUUCUCGCCAUCUUCGCCGCUUCCUCUCAGGGGCCGCCUCCGCCGCCUGAGCCGCCGAGCCCUGGGGCCGCCGCGCCUACCGCCGCCGCCAUGAACAUCUUCCGGCUGACCGGGGACCUGUCCCACCUGGCGGCUAUCGUCAUCCUGCUGCUGAAGAUCUGGAAGACGCGCUCCUGCGCCGGUAUUUCUGGAAAAAGCCAGCUUCUCUUUGCACUGGUCUUCACAACUCGUUACCUGGAUCUUUUUACUUCGUUUAUUUCAUUAUAUAAUACGUCCAUGAAGCUUAUCUACAUUGCCUGCUCCUAUGCCACGGUGUACCUGAUCUACAUGAAAUUUAAGGCAACUUACGAUGGAAAUCACGAUACCUUCCGAGUGGAGUUUCUGGUGGUCCCUGUGGGAGGCCUCUCGUUUCUAGUCAAUCAUGAUUUCUCUCCUCUUGAGAUUUUGUGGACCUUCUCCAUCUACCUGGAGUCAGUGGCCAUCCUGCCGCAGCUGUUCAUGAUCAGCAAGACUGGGGAGGCGGAGACCAUCACCACCCACUACCUGUUCUUCCUGGGCCUCUACCGGGCGCUGUAUCUCGUCAACUGGAUCUGGCGCUUCUACUUUGAGGGCUUCUUCGACCUCAUUGCUGUGGUGGCCGGUGUUGUCCAGACCAUCCUCUAUUGCGACUUCUUCUACUUGUACAUCACUAAAGUCCUCAAGGGAAAGAAGCUCAGUCUGCCCGCGUAAGUGCCAAAGACCAGCAGCAGCAUCUGUCCUUCAGGGUGCUCGGACAGAACUUUACCAGCAGAGGCACAAGAUGCUUGAUACGGAACAUCAGAAACUCAACUCUUUUGUUGCGGAUAGUCAUCGGAGGCUCUUCAAGAACCCAGAGGAAAAGAACCAGGAGGUUUCUGUUUAAUGCAUCUUGCCUUAUCUUUUUUUACUCUGUACAAAGAUUUUUUUACACAAAGAAACUUAAUGCUGUAUUAAUAAAUUCAGUGUGUAGCUUCAAUUGGGGUAGUUCCAAAAGUGAAGAUUUUGUGAGAAAUAGUGCAAACCUUUUUUUUUUUUUAAUUCUUUGAAAUUGUUUGAUUCUUUGUGUCUGCAGUGAAAUUGUACUCUCCUUGACAGUUGGUAGAUUAUACAUUCUUCUAUCAAACUUGCAUUCCACUAUAUUUAUUUUAUUUUAUUUUUUGCCAAAAGAUGAGUCAUAUUUGUUUGAAAUCUGAGACACUAUGUUCAAUUUAGUAUAUCUGUUCAAAUUUCUUCCCACCUGAUGUGGAAAUCCUUCCUUGGACAUCACAACACUACAUUUAAGGCUGGUAAGGAUGACAUGCAAGUCUUACAGUUUUCAUUACCAAAAAUUUUAAGAUUCUGAAUGUAGAUGGAGUCUCCUUUGAGAGUCACCAAAGGUGCCUGUCCUGCUCCCUUGCUAAGAAGCGCCAGUUUGAGACUGUCCUGAGGGUGUCAGAGAACUCGGUGGGCAGGGGUUCCGGGGCUGCUUGCCAUCUGAGUGGGGGAUGUGAAGGCCAUUAAUGAUUAUUUUGGAUCUAGGACUCUACUCUGAGGAAUAGAACACAAAUAGUUACCUAUCACUUUUUUAUAAUUCCAAAAGAUUACUACAACCAUGUCCAUGCUGAGAUUCAAACGGUUUUUCAUAUCACUUGGAUAGUAAAAUAAUUUACAUUUUAAAAAAUUGGCAAUACCAAUUGCCAUUCCUUACACGCUUACAUUUUUUUGUUUGUUUUUUGUUUUGUUUUUACUGAGCUCUUGCAUGAUUUAUCUUGUGUUACCACCUUAAUAAACAUUUUAUUAAACAUAGAAUAAAUUGUCCUUUUUUUCCAUGAAUUAGGCUUUUGGAACAUCCUACAUCAGGAUGAUUUCGUUUUUCAAUUGGCAACAAAAGCGCUAUAUAGAUCUGCAAACACUGUCCACUUAAUAACCUAAAACUUUGUGUGUUUUGUGGAAAUUUUGGAAUUUUUCCUCCUGAUUUUGCCAUUAGAUUGAUUUGCUACAUUUUUUUUUUGAUUUAUACAAAAAGCAUCUGACUUAGUUUUUAUGUGAUGCACCAUAAUUGUUGAAGUGUUACAUACUAACAGUGCUUACUACAAGAAGGAUGUAGUAUUUUUGCUUGCCGUGUUCAAUUGUGGAGGAAGGGAGCUGGAUGGGUUUUAUUUUUGCACCUAAUGUGUCUCCCAACAUCUUCCUCAGUUGGCUGAGUGGCUGCACAGUUCAACCUCCUGUCUUUACCUCUCUCGGUUUGCUUCCCCCUUGCCUCAUGGUUUGCUUCUGUGUCUGAGUGUCUUUCUUUCCAGCAUCUUAGUCUUAGUUUAGUUUGUUUUCAUCCUCCUUGGAAGAUCCUGAGAACAUGGAGGAAAGGGAGGAAAUCCUGUCAUGAGUGGAGCAGACUGCUUGCUACCCAAACGGGAUGGGGGGGGGGCUCAUGUUUUUUGUGCAUGUAAAUCAAACAGGCAGGGCAGGCUCACUGGAGAGCGGAGACUGGGACCUCUCACACCACCUGACGUAUGACGUGCCAGUGCCUUCUCUGGUCAUUCUGCCCAAGUGAAAAUAAAACUGGCUAAGAUGUGACCACCAUUUUGUGCCCAGCCAGGAUGGCAUCUUAAUAAACAGGGUGCCUGAGUGGGAGUGCGGGACUGGGGCAACGUCCUCGCACACGAUGGAAACAAAGGCCUUGUAUGACGCGCCUUACGAAGCACUGUUUCAGAGUUACUCUCACUUCCUGAAUAAAGGUUAUCAGGUAAUUAAUA